AUGACGCAAGUGAUGAGGGAUGAUGACGCAAGUGAUGGGACGCGACGCCUGGCAGAGACCUCGCUGGUGCAUCUACAAGACAUCAUAGCUCUGUUGAUCACCGAUGACCAUGCCACUAACUUUUGGGCUCCCCCAGUGUUCCACAGGUUCCUUCAGUGUUCCACAGGUUCCUUCAGUGUUCCACAGGUUCCUUCAGUGUUCCACAGGCUCCGCCAAUGUUCCACAGGCUCCCACAGUGUUCCACAUGCUCUCCAUUGUUCCACAGGCUCCUCAGUGUUCCACUGGCUCCCCCUGUGUUCCACAGGCUCUCCCAGUGUUCCACUGGCUCCCCCAGUGUUCCUCAGGCUCCCACAGUGUUCCACAGGCUCCUCCAGUGUUCCACAGGCUCCCCCAGUGUUCCACAGGCUCCUCAGUGUUCCACAGGCUCCCCCAGUGUUCCACAGGCUCCUCAGUGUUCCACAGACUCCCCCAGUGUUCCACAGGUUCCUUCAGUGUUCCACAGGCUCCCCAGUGUUCCACAGGUUCCUUCAGUGUUCCACAGGCUCCCCCAGUGUUCCACAGGCUCCCCAGUGUUCCACAGGCUCCCCCUGUGUUCCACAGGCUCUCCCAGUGUUCCACAGGCUUCCACAGUGUUCCACAGGCUCCUCCAGUGUUCCACAGGCUCCUCAGUGUUCCACAGGCUCCCCCAGUGUUCCACAGGCUCCUCAGUGUUCCACAGGCUCCCCCAGUGUUCCACAGGCUCCUCAGUGUUCCACAGACUCCCCCAGUGUUCCACAGGUUCCUUCAGUGUUCCACAGGCUCCCCCAGUGUUCCACAGGUUCCUUCAGUGUUCCACAGGCUCCCCCAGUGUUCCACAGGCUCCCCAGUGUUCCACAGGCUCCCCCUGUGUUCCACAGGCUCUCCCAGUGUUCCACAGGCUUCCACAGUGUUCCACAGGCUCCUCCAGUGUUCCACAGGCUCCUCAGUGUUCCACAGGCUCCCCUGUGUUCCACAGGCUCCCCCAGUGUUCCACAGGCUCCCCUGUGUUCCACAGGCUUCCCCAGUGUUCCACAGGUUCCUUCAGUGUUCCACAGGCUCCGCCAGUGUUCCACAGGCUCCCACAGUGUUCCACAUGCUCUCCAUUGUUCCACAGGCUCCUCAGUGUUCUACUGGCUCCCCCUGUGUUCCACAGGCUCUCCCAGUGUUCCACUGGCUCCCCCAGUGUUCCUCAGGCUCCCACAGUGUUCCACAGGCUCCUCCAGUGUUCCACAGGCUCCACCAGUGUUCCACAGGCUCCCCCAGUGUUCCACAGGCUCCCCCAGUGUUCCACAGGCUCCUCAGUGUUCCACAGGCUCCCCUGUGUUCCACAUUCUCCACCAGUGUUCCACAGGUUCCUUCAGUGUACCACAGGAUCCCCCAGUGUUCCACAGGCUCCCUCAGUGUUCCAAAGGCUCCCCCAGUGUUCCACAGGCUCCUCAGUGUUCCACAGGCUCCCCUGUGUUCCACAGGCUCCCCCAGUGUUCCACAGGCUCCCCUGUGUUCCACAGGCUUCCCCAGUGUUCCACAGGUUCCUUCAGUGUUCCACAGGCUCCGCCAGUGUUCCACAGGUUCCCCCAGUGUUCCACAGGUUCCACCAGUGUUCCACAGGCUCCCCCCAGUGUUCCACAGGGUCCCCCAGUGUUCUACAGGUUCCACCAGUGUUCCACAGGCUCCCCCCAGUGUUCCACAGGGUCCCUCUUUGUUCCACAGGGUCCCCCAGUGUUCCGCAGGCUCCCCCAAUGUUCCACAGGCUCACCCAUUGCUCCACAGGCUCCCCAGUGUUCCACAGGCUCACCCAGCGUUCCGCAGGCUCCUCCAGUGUUCCACAGGCUCACCCAGUGUUCCACAGGCUUCUCCAGUGUUCCGCAGGCUCCCCCAGUGUUCCACAAUCUCCCCCAGUGUUCCACAGGCUCCCCCAAGGUUCCACAGGCUCCCCCAGUGUUCCACAGGCUCCCCCAGUGUUCCACAGAAUCAUCAGUGUUCCCCCACGAACUACCCAACGAGGCGUGGACCAUUAGCAUUCAUCAACCAUCUGUUUUGAAAUUUUGCCUCUGA